AUGGAGACCUCGGAAGAGCAAAGUAGCCCAGAGAGCCAACCGAGGACUAUGCGCAAAAGUGGCGGACGUUCAGGAUCCCCGCAAAGACUGAGGUGCCAACGACGCAGCGGUUCCUGCUCCAACAAGAGCAUCGUCUCCUCCACCUCGGAAAGACGCAACGAGAGGGAGAGGAACAGGGUGAAGUUGGUCAAUCUUGGCUUUGCUAAACUGAGGCAGCAUGUACCCCAAGCUCAGGGUCCCAACAAGAAGAUGAGUAAAGUGGAGACCCUGCGGUCCGCUGUCGAGUAUAUACGUGCCUUACAAAGCCUUCUUCUGGAUAGGCAGUCAGGAGUAGAGGAACAGGGAGGACCAACCUCUGAUGGACUCUCACCAUGCGGCAGCACCUGCUCGGGGGACUCGGGGUCCAUGCCUUUGUCACCGGAGUCCUGUUCAUCAGGAGAGUGUUCCCGAGAGGACAGCAGUGUGUCAGAUGCAGACUUUUUCUUGACACUGCAUGGCUGGGGAUAG